GUCACGGCAACCGUAAACUAGCAAGAGGGCACAGAGCUGUCUGAGCAUCUUAACAGUUUUUACUAAAACUUUACAUCGUUCACACUUUGAGAGUGACAUAGAAUAAUGUCGGAUGUAGGAUCUGAUGAGUUUGAUGAUGAACGCAGUAAACUCGGGGAAUAUGAAGGAGACAGAAAUGAAGCAGGAGAGAGACACGGAGUCGGUAAAGCUGUUCUGCCCAACGGAGACAUUUAUCAAGGACAGUACGAGAACGGCAGAAGACACGGACAGGGGACAUAUCACUUCAAGAAUGGGGCAAGAUAUGUGGGAGACUAUUACCAGAACAUGAAACAUGGACAGGGCACCUUCUACUAUCCAGAUGGAUCUAAAUAUGAAGGGUCGUGGGUUGAGGACCUGAGACAGGGUCAUGGUGUCUACACUUACCCUAAUGGUGACACCUAUGAUGGAGAGUGGCUGCAUCAUACGAGGCAUGGCCAGGGCAUUUACCACUACAAGGAAACUGGCUCAGAAUACAAGGGCUCAUGGGUGAAUGGCAAGAUGGAGUCAGCUGGAGAGUACAUCCACUCUAACCACAGAUACAAGGGUAAUUUUGUCAACAAUAAUCCGUCUGGCCAGGGGAAGUAUGUGUUCGACACUGGCUGUGAGCAGCAUGGUGAAUACCACCAAGCAGAGCAGGACCGAGCUGAGGGCAAGUGGGGCGAGUUGGCCUCCACCACUGUCCUUAGGUGGAUUCCCAAGUGUAUCACUGGCCUGACACCAUGGACUCCAGCCAAAGACACCUCAGGUGGGGAAAAGGAAACUGCUUCAGCAGAGGAGGGAGCAGAGAACUGAGCUGUGUGAUCAGCCCACAAUCCUCAUUUUUUAACCUAUGUUUUUGAAAGGCAAAAUAACAUAAACAUAUUAAUGAAUCUGUAAAUAAAUUUGUUAAGCUUGUAUUUUCAGUGUUUCCUCAUGAAGAUGUGUGGUUGUAGCAACUGGAAACUUUCCAUUACCUACUGCGAUUAGCAUAGUGUGUACUUUCAUAGAGUGCAGUGCCCCCUUGUGGAACUCCAGAACCACUUCCUCUUCUUCAUGGUUCAGACAGUUAUAGGAGAGAACAGGGGUGGUGGUCGUGCUUUUCAUUUUAUUUAAACCCCUUAAAAAUGUAUAUUUAGUAAAUUUCCUUUUAAUGUGUAACUAAAGCUUAAAAAUUCAUGUAGGAAUGCAGUGACCUUACUCGAUUAUAGUUUUGAAACCUAAUUUUAUAUACUUGGCAUUUUUUCUUAAUCAUUUAAAUUUGGUUGGGUGGUUAAUAACACAUAUUUUGUUAUGUGACAAGUCAUGACAGAUUUAUUUUUGCUUUAUUUGGACUUAAGCUUAAUCUAUUCUAGAGAUAGGGACUAUCAAUUAUGUUUUGUGCACUUGUGACAUCCAUCCCCAUCAUGGGGUUGGUUGUCACACUGAAUAGGGUUGGUUGUGUC